AUGUUUUCCAUAUACCAGCACAGCCCCUGUGAUGUCAGAGGAGGCGUUCCCUGCUCAGGCAGAGAGCUGACACUUGUUACACACUAUUCAGAGCAGGAGACCGAGAGAGAGAGAGUGACACACAGACACACACCUUGUGUGGGUAAGUGUUCACUGGCAUGCAGUGUUACAUUGUUACAGUAAGCAGUAAGGUAGCAGGCAACGCUGGUCAUAUUGUUUCAACUUUGAUAUUGAUUUUGAAAUAGGAUAAAGCUGGGUACAUUGAUUGUUACUGGGAAACUGUUUAUUACAGAGAAGAACAGGCUCUUUCCUGGUCUAACAAAUCAUUACAUGGCAAUCAGUGUACUGUACCCACAACAGUGACAAGUGUCACACUUUACAGCAGACAGACAGAUAACACUAUUAAUAGGGUACCUGUAGUACUCUCCUAUUUAUGAUAUGUGUGUGUGUGCAAUGACAACAUAUACAUUGGCAUUUAAAAACAGGGAAAAAAUAUUACAUUAUUUCCUCAUCAUAGUUUUGCUACAGACACUGAAGUAACACAGGAGAAGAGAGUUCUACAAAAUUGCCAAUCUUUCCAGUUCCCCAACCCCUUUAGAUUGUGUCACAUUAAUUACCAGACUGUGAUUUGAAUUUGGUGAGCCCACGACCAAGGUAUUUAAAAUGGCUGUAUCUGUUAAAAUGCAAACCCUGUUAUAUGUAUUUAUUUUAUAUUUGUCUUUUCUGGCAACCUCUCUUCUGAUUCUUAAAAUACUGACUGUAUUCAACUAAUAAUAACUAUGGCAACUUUUUUCUGUUUGUAUUUGUUUUUAGUUUCCACUCACCACCAUGCCAGUAAUAUCACUAUUCACUAUUAUCACUAAUAUCACUAAUAUUACUCCUCUUCAUUUCACAGUUUUUUAUGUCUUACACCAAAGUUUUAUUUUUAUGGCUGUCACAGUUAUUAACUAAAGUGUGUACUUACAGAAUAUUUAAAAUUUUAGGUCAAACUAAGUAGAACUAGUAGAAUUCUUCAGUUCAGCUAAGUUUGUAUUUUUUUUUAUAAUUUGACCAAAAAUUGGAAGUUAACUUUGAAUUUCCAACACAUCACCCUGAAGUGAAUAUCCCUGUGUAAUACAUUUAUCGUCUAUUUCCAUUUAGAAUAUGUUAGUUUUAAUUCCUUGUUGAUAAAUAUGUUUUCCUGCAAGCACUGGUGAAUAUUAGGGUUACACUAUCUCUUCCAUUUUGAAUGACUUAACCCUUCAUAACUUUUUCAAAAUGCUGUGACAUAUGCCCUGUUGCCAUUUUUGCUGUUUGUUCCACCAUUAUUUGUCAUUUAAGACUUUACAUUUAAAGGAACAUUGUAGUGUCAGUACCACAAACAUGUAUUCCUGUGUUAGUGUUAAACUAACUAUUUAGGUAACCGGCCCCUCUUGCAUGCCAUGGAAAAGGUUGUUUUACUCCCCCCUUUUUCCAUGCCGUGCUGGUCUCGCAGUGGCUGGCUCCACCUCCAUUAAUGAGAUCAUCAAUCUUGAUGAUCUCGGCCAAUCUGAUGCUUUCCCAUGGGAAAGCACUAGAAUGCUAUUGCGACAUUCGCAGCAAAACGCUGCACUGCACCAGAGAACAUUUCAUUAUAAAUAUGCAUUGAAUCAAUGCAUCUUUAUGAGGAGGGUUUGACGUCCGCAGGCAGCGUGUGGAAACUUGGAAUGUAGGUGCUGCAGACUGUGCAACCCUGAAAUAAAAAGUACCUCUAGUGGCCGUCCGAGUGACUGCCGCCAGCAGUAUUACUAGCCAGCAAUGUAAACAGUGCCUUUUCUGUGAAAAGGCAAUGUUCACAUUGAAAAGCUUUCAGGUAUAUGAUGUAGACACCAGAAUCACUACAUUAACCCCUUAAGGACCAAACUUCUGGAAUAAAAGGGAAUCAUGACAUGUCACACAUGUGUCCUUAAGGUUUUUUUUAAAGUGUAAUGCUUCUGGUGAGUAUAGUGUCUCUUUAAGUGUACCAAUACAUAAUAUACACUGUUUUUACACGACAGAUUGAUAUUUCUUCUGAUAUCCAAUAUAUGUAUUGAACACAAUAUAAGUUAUGAACAAAUUAUUUUAAAAAAUUAGAAAAAAAUAACUUUUUUCUCAUAAUACCUUCUACACAAAUAAUACAAAACAAACCCAACAACUAAAAAUAGAUUGUUUAUUAGUCCCAAUUUGCGAAAAUAUAUCAUAUGUCUACGAUUUCAGUACAUUUUUGGAAACUAUAGAGCAAAUAUAUGACAAGCAGUGAAUUGUAGUGUUGAAAUUAAACCUUUGCCAAAUUAGACAUGCUGACUCAAAGAAUCGAAAACCUCUACAGAAAAGUAUACAUUUGUAGAUAGACCUAUUAGGGUAUUUAACUAUAAGUAUUUUCAUUGUUUUAAUUUAAGCAUUUUGACACUAGCCCAGCCAAAACUACUGGGUAUAUUUAUUUUUUUUGUCAUGAUUUUUCUAAACAUGUGUAAUUUCCAGGGUUAAUUUAAUAGACCAUGUAUGUCCCGGUACUGUAAAGAUCCCUGAUUUGUAUUCUGCUACUGUCACCAAGUUCCCCACAUCUAUAUAUUGACCUGGUUUGGGGCAAUUUAUAGAGUCACUUUAGAGAUGGUCAUUGCUGCUGCCCAGGAGUAAUGGGAGUUUGAGUGCAGGAGUAGUUUCUUUGUAUUUGUAUUCACUUUUGUAUCACACAGCUAGGUUGCAAUGCUGCUGCCCAUCCCAUGUGUUCCCUAUUAAGGGUUAAUAAGCAUCUAGGGAUGUAUAUAAAAAAUACCCUUUUAUGUCUCAUUAGAGAUAUCUUUGCCAGAAGCUCAAGGAAGCAAGGUGAAUAGUUAGCGUUAGGACCCACCUAAGAGGUCUGCCUUGACGUGGCAGGUUGGCAUUCCCUCUCAUGGCCAUUGCAGGUUACUGAAAACCUCAAUUUUUAAAAAAAUACAUUGGGAUGUGGAAAGAGCGCAGGUAACGUUUUUCUUUGGUUUUUACUGUAUGUAUUUGGGCUGAUGUGUACUAUGGCCGUUGCUGCCACCCAGGAGUAAUGGGAGUUUGAGCGCAGGACUUGUUUUUUUGUAUUUGUAUUCACUUUAGAGAUUUGCCCUAAUUUUGGCAUGCUUCUUUUACUUGCUUCCAAGAUAUGAUAUUUGGUGUUGGUCCUAUCUGUGACACCAUACUGACCAGCAUCACACUUUGACGCUAUUAUUAAUGCUCCCUAACCCUGAUCCUAAUUGUAACCCUAGCCUUAGCCUAAACCCUAACUAUGUAGUAUAGUAGAUUGGCCUCUUGGUUGAUUGAUCACCCUCAAAGGGACAUUGUAGGCACUACAACAGGGGUAGGUAACCUUCGGCACUCACGGCGUUGUGGACUACAUCGCCCCUGAAACUCUGUCACCAACAUAGCUGUAAAAGAAUUAUAGGAGAUGUAAUCCACAACAUCGGGAGUGUCGUACGUGGUCUACCCCUGCACUAUAACCAUUUCAUCUCAUUGAAUUGGUUAGUGAUUGGAGUCCCUUGGUACUGUCCCUCCAUUCAGUGUUAAAUUAUUUUUGAGAAAUACUGAAUUGUCUCUGGCAGUCCACAGCCUGGCCCCUACUGAAGUUAUGGCUAAGGCAGAGAUUACCCACUCCCCUUUAGCCAUAUUAAUUCAUACUUGCAUUAGGCAUAAGCUGAAAGCAGUCAGCUGACACUUUCAGCCAAUCACAUUCACCUAUUGCUGCACAGGCUCAUGCUUCCUCAGUAGCACAAGCAGCAUUGAGGGGAUGGGCUGCUGGGAACCCCAUACACCAUUAUAAUGUUAGAAUGUCUACAGUGUCCCUUUAACUGAUAUUUAAGGCAUGUUAUGUCUGUCAUUGGCUUCCAGGAUGUUUGGUCAACCUGGAGGCCUAUUAGGGAAUACUGCUGUACUGCCUCAUUGUGAGGUAGUCAGAUGUAACCAAUUGACAGCUGAUCACAGCAUGCACUGCGGCAGCCAGUGAUUAACUGUCAAUCAUGCCACUGUGAUCAGCACAAAUCUGUACACUUCACAACAUUCUGCAGAAAUAAAUGUAACACACUGCCCCAAAAAUAGGGAUGUGAUUCCGUAAAGUGUCACAAUUGGGUUUGUUGACUAAACUCUGACUUGUGGCAACAUUUUGGCAAAUUUGCAUGUUUAGAGAGUUUUUCAACUCAGGUGCAGUCAUAGCUCUGCUUCUUUCAACCUUCAUUUUGCCAUUUGGAUUUCAAAUCCCUACAGUUCAUGGUGUCUGUGACUGUAUUUUUGCAUAUGGCCAAUGUGCCAAUGUGCGAUUGCAAGUGUUUAUUUGUGCAGAGUGUCAGUUUGUGAAUUCAGUGGUGCAUUAGUAUGGAGCUUUAGCGUGUUUGUGCAUACCUGCUCUCCCUACUAGUUCAGUUUGCCACAGCUACCAUUUUGUAGAUCUCUCCAUCCCACUUAACUCAUGUAUCUCCUUCCCCUUUUCCCCAUUUAUCUCCAUAUGUCCCCAUUUAUCCACCCUUACACCCCCUUUUCCCAUAUAUUUUCCGCUAAUAACCUGCUUUUCACCACUUGCGUGCUGCUGCUUAUUGUCAGGAUUACAUGUUGAUCCAGCAUGCAGUACUGUGUCACACCCAGGACUAAGGAUAACGUAUAACCGGACCUUAGAAUAGUCAGACUUAACGUCUCCAAGAAUAGCCAAUAUACUUGCCGAGGUCAGGGACACAGAAUCAGACACAAAGAUGAGGGAAAGCCAAAAGUCAAGGGUACCAGAAAAUCAAGAUCAGGAACACACUCUCGGAUAACCAUAGGCAUGAGCAAAGGGAAACUUGGGUUUAAAUACCCCUCCUGUGCAUCCGAUUGGCUGUAACUGGCCUUUGACUCCAAAGGCAAUUACCAAGUGUGCAUGAUUGCUGCUCAGCACAGAUCUUCCUGUGGAUUUGAUUGGCUAUGACUGGCCUUUGACCCCAAAUGUAAUUACCAAGUUUCCAUGUGCAUGAUUGCCGCUUGGCACAAUUUUUCCUGUAAGGACGGUAAUGUUGCUUGGCACAACUUUUCCUGUCAGGACAGUAAAUGCCAUUAACCACAUUUUUAUGUGCAGAUGAAUACGUGACACCUAUAACCCCCUUCCGCUACUUGUGUCCCUCUGCUCAAGCUCCCGUUCCCCACUUGUGACCUUCUGCCUGUACUCUGUCCAUAGCCCCUUUUGCCAUCCGAGUCUUUCUGUCCACCCUCUCCCUUUCUCCAUUAUGUCAUAUCCCCUUCCGAUAGGUCCAAACCACUGUUCUGUACUUUGAUCGCUCUGGUUAUAACCCCUUCUCCCACUUCUGUCAUUAACCUUGUCCAACCUUUCCUUUGUCAGGCCAAUGGGAUGGGAGCGGAGCCAGAGUCUUGGCUAUCUUGCUUUUCCAGGUGGCAGGUGCUGUGUGUAGAAAGUGGUGGUAUAAUGUAAUAGCCCCAUGCUCACUAUCGGCAUUCACAUCUCCUGGUACAUAACCAAAGACUCCUGCAGAGUAUUCUUGAUCAUUUCCUGGACUCAGAUUAUAUUGCUGACUUCCCACUUGGUCAAACAAAUAUAAUAAAAUAAAUAACUAAAAUGAUGAUGCCGUCUGGCUCAGUGCCAGGUAAUAAAAAAAAUGUAAAUCACAUACAAUCUUCACGUGUUCCGGUCUGAUCUAGAAUUUCAGGGAGAGCCUUUGCCUUGGUGCCCACCUCCCCAGAUCAACAUCUACUUUGAAGUGGUUUUGUCACCUUCUUGGGUCUAUGCCUAAUUUGCAAAUACCCCCAACAAUAACUGCUCUUCUGGGUGGUUGUAGGGUGCGGUGGAAGGUGAGCUAUCAUGAACCUAUCCCUUGCGGCCACUGCCAUGGCUUCAACUACUAGAAACCAACGGCAGUAUUGUAGUUUAGCAGGAGCACAGCAUUGUGGCCCAUGGUAGAUCCUGCACAGACAUGGCCUAUUCCAUUGGGGGUAAUUACAAGACUCGAGAAAGGUAGUUGCACCAUAUGUCAAGUUUUUUCAACAUACGAAAAAGUCCCUAAUUUGUCUUGGUAUAUCUUUUGACUGUGUUAGAAUGUCAGUGAAAUUCCAACAGUCAAUGUGAGUAUUUAAUAAUGUGAGGUUUUAUCUCUAUGAGAUACUCAGUGUAGAGUGAGGGGGUUGACAGUAAGUGCAACAUAUUUUGUAGUAAUUACCAGGUUAAAACAAGGAUCACUGACACAUUGGUGCAGGACUUUACAGUGCUCUAUAUUGAUACCAAGUCACUUCUCCCUUUCUUCAUCUUGUUUCCUGAUCCUUAUAUAUGCUCCAGUCCUUUCACAAUAAAGGGAAUCUUAGGAAACAUAGUCUUCAAAAAUGUAGGCAAAUGUGGUCACUAGUAAUUGUGAGUAACUAUAACACUGUAGUGGAACACAAUAAAAGUGCAUCCUUCUAAAAAUGUGUGUAUAUGACUGCAUUUGUAAUUUAUAUACACUUGUGCAUAACGUGCAUAUGAGGACCUGUAUAUAAUGUGUGCCUGUACUUGUAGAAAAAGUAUGUAGGAAAUAGUUGGUCAGUGUUUUGCUGAAUUUGACUGCUUUGGAGGAUCAAUAUAAAUUGUUGGGUGCAGGGAGCUGGGUGGGUUGGUAGGUGUAGGUGAGUAAAUAGGUAUUGGUGCGUAAACACAGAAGUGAAUGAUGUGUAAGGUGUGACAGAGAGGGUGAGUGUGGCUAUGGGUAAGCAUGUGACUGUGUUGCUAAAUAUAAUUCAGUGGGUGAAAGAGUGUGACUGUAUGGGAGUAUGUGCCAGGAUAUGUGACUGGGUGAAUGGUAUGUAACAGGCUUGGAGUAUGUCUCAGGGUGCCUGUUUAGGUGACAAUAACUAAAUUGGUUCUGGUGAAGGACACCAUGCAUCUUGUAAACAAGCUAAUGGGAUGGGCAACUAUAAAGAGAAUCCACAGGAUUUGCAGAUAGAGGUAAAGUGCCUGGGUGCACUUCACCCCUGCAUCAUCUUAGCUCACCCCUGGUAAUUUCCAGAUCAUAGUUCAGUGAAUUAACAAAAGCCGUACUGUUUGUACCUGACAUUGCAUGUAUUGAUGGCUGGGGAGAUGGAAGGGCACGUGGUCCAAUUCCUUUUUGUUUAACAGGGUUUGAUGUAUGCCCAGGAGAGGAGAUUUCACUUCUUCUCUCCCGGGUAUACUCUGCAGUAUUGGGGAUUAAAUCAUAUUCUUGUGUGACAACAAACAGGAAAGUACCCAAGUAAUUGUUAUGCUUUCUGCAGUCUGCCGGGAGCUGCACACACUAGCUUCCUUGUAUGAAAUUCCUUUCACCAAAAUAUCCCCAGGGGGUAACAGUAUCCAGAAAUGCGAGAACUAGAAUAAAAUAAUACAAUACUACUGUGACAUAAUAUAUUUUAGAAGGUAGUGUAUUGUUUCUAUUUAGAAUUCUCAUUUUAAUGAAUAUGCAAAGUCAAUUUAUGCCUGGGACAAGUCAUCUGACACAUACUGGAUCCAACACUAAUAUCAGUAUACCAGUAUCAGUAAUUAACUUUUAGUGGAACCGUCAAUCACUUCUGCACACUUCAUAGACUCUCCUUUAUCAGUGGGCUCCUAGUAUUUAGUCUAACUGGGCUUAUUUUAGCAAAUAGAGCAGGGUCCAUUUCAAUAGUUGACUUGUCAACAUAUAGAAUCCUUAGCAACAUGUUCAGUCUUUAGGCCCUCACAGAUAUACACACACAUAGACACUUUACAUUAUAAGAAUAUAAAGUCAGUUACUUGGCACCAAUUGUAAAAUAUGUUCUCAGUGCUCCCUAUAUCCCACUCCCCCGACCACAUACCCUGCUCCAAGACUUCCCCUAAAAUUUUUAUUCUUAUUUGUCUAAAAGAGAGAUCAGAAAACUGAUCUAUGAGAAUACAGUUUUUACACAAAUUGUAAGUACGUAGAAAUAUAAUUGUUAAAUAGAAUAACAAUACACUAACUAAAAUGUUAAACAGUAUUUGUAAAGCUAAUAUAUUAGCACAACAGGUGCAAACAGAUACAAAGUCCUGAAUAAUUCUGCCAUAGCAAGCCAACCUAUAAAAUCCUAAAUCAAAAUGGAAUGUCCCACUCAUUAACAAUGACAGGCCUGUAUAGAUCUACAAAAUGUUAAAUGAGUAGGACUAGAGUAGAUUUGUGGUAUUUGGGGAAUUAAGUGGGCUAUUUACAUAUCAUAUCAUUAAUGGGGAACUCCAGGCACCAAUAUGACUUUAAUAGAUUUGAUAGGUUAGGGCUUCAUUCAUAUGCUGUAUACAAAGGGUAUUCCUGACACUACAGUUUGAAAAAAACAAAACAGUUUAGGCCCCUGGCCCCCCUUACCCCUGGUUAAAAAGGGGAGUAUUUUCACCUUUUUCCUGCCUGUUGUGGGUCUGUAGCAGCUGCCUCCGCCCACGCUCUAUCCCCCAUGGCUGAGAUCAUCAAACUUGAUGAUAUAAGUUAAUCUAAUGCUUUCCCAUAGGAACGCAUUGGGAGGCAGUCGCAAAUGUGCGGCAAAACACCCUGCUGUGCCAAUCACCAUCUCCUCAUUGAGAUGCACUGGAUCAAUGCAUCUCUCUGGGGAGCGUUCAGAAGAUGGUUGGAUCAGACCAUCACAGCGAGUGUGACAUCUCCAGGAUGACAUCGCGCGAGACAGAAUGGCAGCAGCACAGGGGGAGCCUCGGCGCUGACGAAAGGUAAGUUAAUCCUUUUAAACUAUUUUAUUGGAGUUGUAGGGGUCAUCUAAUCUAAAUAGAGACUUGGCCACUAUAGUUUUAGGAAUACAGGUUUGUUCUAUUGUAAAAAAGAAACAAUAUUUUAAAAAUGUUGUAUUGGGGCAUGUUAAUAAAAAUAAUUAAAUGGUCAGUAUAAUGCCUUGAUUACUUCCAAAUAAAAUGUCAUUUUCUUUUGUAAACAGGGCAUAAGAUGGAACCAACAAUGGAGUCUCAAAUUCGUAAACAGAAGAGACAAUCGAAAGAGGAGUUAGUAGGUAAAGAGCAUUGCACUAAAUACCCUUUAAAAUAAAUCAUAAGUGUAACUUGCAUUCAUCUGAUUAAACCUACAAUCAUAAGUAAGUGUACUGAGGAGUAAAGCAAUAUGUUAUAUUAUACUGAUUGAAUCCAUUGAAGCAUUAGCAACUGGGAUAAAGGAUAAUAGUUUGAUGGACGUGGGUGUCAUGCCAACAGAUACUGUAUUUCUAUCCAAUCAGGAGUUAUGCAUAUUUGCCAAAUUAUGGGAAAGCCGUCUGCUGCUGUUUACUCUAUUGUCGGUCUACUAUCUCACUCACUAUGGUCACUGGGUCCACCCUACAGAUCUGCACCUCCUGCCCAGUUCCACAAGCCCAGUGGUCCUCCCUUACAGAAUAACAUAAAAACAAUUCUGUGCUACACUAUGCAAAAAUGCAGUAUUGCAGGUUUACUUUAAUUGGGUUAUUCUCUAAAGUAAGAAUUUAAAGUAAAUAUGAAAUUUAAGAUCAAAAUCGCCAGACCGGAUAAAUUCUGCUGGAUAAAGUCAAAAAUUUUUAGUUUGGCCUUAAAUUUGAAAUUCACUUUGAAUUCUCGUAUAAUUCUCAGUUUAGUGAUUAAUCAUAACAUUUUAUAUGUGUGCUGCAAUAUAUGUUUUUAUAGACAAAAUUGUAUGAUUGACUUCUGACUAAUUUUGUUGUACCGGAUCUGUCAUCGUCAUUGUUCUAACUUUACAGUUAAAAUUAAGGUUAGGGCUAUCAUAUUGAUAAUUCUAAUUUCUAGAAAGCAUGUGUAUAAAUAAAACCUCACAAAGUCACAUUAUUCCAGAUUGAUCAGCAGGACAGCACCUGUUUUCUUGUCCUCUCGGUGACAUAAAAGGCAGUAGGUAUUUCGGUUGUUGUCAAUGCAGGUAUUCAAGAAACAAUGUGGGUUUUCAAGAAUUUCCUGCUUUUCAGCAUUGUUUGAAAAAUCUCUCAUGUAUCUAGUUUUAAAAUGAAAAAUGAUCAUGAUUGAAAAAGCGACAAAAAACACAUACUUGCCUAUGGCGUGUUACAUCUUCUUAAAGAGGAACUGUCAUGUUUAAAACAAGCCUAUGUAUAUUUACAUUCUCUAAUAGAUGAUGCAAUCACAAAAUAGUGUUCUCUGUUUGUAAAUGUAAGCUUUUUGUAAAUAAAACUAAACUAAGUGAGAGAGUAGAGAAGGGAAGGUAAACAGAAAAAACAAAAACAUUAGUACUGCCCAAUAUAUUGAUUUAAAAGGACAUACCAAGCUCCACAGCCACUACAAACUACUGUUAUGGUUAUGGUGCUAAGACGCUGUCCCCCACAGACAUGCAUUUUACAUUUUCUGUUUUUUUGAGACCUCCCACCCCAUCCUUUAACAUUAUUCAGCUGUAUAAGUACUUGUACGGCACGGGCAGGCAGGUAUUAUUAAUUAAUGUCGACCUAAGGCUUGUUACGUGUAAGACACCAGAACUACUUUGUUAACAUUGGUCUACAAGUAGGAUUUCUAUCUACACAUGUUCAACUCAUUACUGCUGCUGUCAAAGAAGACACGAACAAAUCCAGUUGGACAGCCAUGGUCUGUUGGGCGACCAAGUGUUACCACUACCAGGUCCAGCCAGUCUGUGCUGCGUCUUUCACUAGUGAGAAUGACUCAUAUCCAAUGCAUCUACCUAUAAUUGAAAAAAGUCUUUAUUUACAGUUUCCGUGCUCAACAAACUGAGUGCACAAGCCGUUUUAAAACUGGUUAUCUGAUAAUACAAUGGAAAAGGGUUUGUUAAUGGAUAAAUAAAUAAAAGUAAGCAUGACUCAGAUGUUUGCAUAGUGGUUGUAGUCUAGGAACAUAUUUCCGAUAGACAUUUUUUCACCUUCGAGAUGAUGUAACUAGUUGCUCCAUUAAGAAGCAACUCUUAUAGAGAAGGGAAUCUGUCGGAGUUAUUGUUGAAUAUAAAAAUGGUAGCUCACAAUGGCUUUACUAUAGGAAAGUGAUGCAAAACAGAGUUACAUUUUUAAUAAACUGUCCAUUCAGAAUGUCAUAAAUCCAUAUGGAUAGAAAUAUUAGUAACAUAAACAAAAGGCAGUAUAGACAAAUUUAUCAAACGCAAACAAAACAUUUAAAAAAUGACACCUAUAUUGUCAUGUUCACAAUAACCAGUUAUCUUAUUAGAAAGUGGAGGAAGGAGGUUGUCAGAACAGUCAUAUAUUUGUGUGAGGAUGGCAUUUGUAAUUUCAGUUCAUACAAAUUUCAGAAAUGAUCAAUUCACAAUAAAAUUGUGUCUGGAAAUUUUGUUAAAAUUUAGAAGCCCAUUAUCCCCUAUGGGGAAUGAAUGAAUGAAUGAAAGUGGUUGUCAAAAAGUUAUACAGUAUCAAUUUAGAGAGUAAUAUACAAGACUGCUGAAAGAUCACAAUUAAGAAAAGCCCUUUAAUUAAAGGGUUACUCCAACCCUUUUUUUAGUAAACAUUUAUUGUAGUCAGUAAUGCGAUAGUGUACAUUACUGACUUGUCCCUCCGCAUGGUUAAAAUUACCCUAUUAAAACCAGUAAUAUUACCUGGAAUCCCAUGCUGCUUUUCACGCCUCUUAUGCUAUCACAGCUCCCUCACGCAGUCCAAUAAAAUGCUUCUCAUACAACAGGCAUAGGCAACCUUUGGCACUCAAUAUAUUUUGGACUACACCUCCCAUGAUUCUUUGCCGGCAUUAUGGGUGUAAGAGGAUUAUGGGGGAUGUAGUCCACAACAUCUGGAGUGCUGAAGGUUGCCUAUCCCUGUCAUAGAGGGUGCUAGCACCCCAGCACAAAAAAAAAAUAUGUAAAUAUCUCUGGAUGUGCAGUGUUCCAAGCAGAAAUGCUGCACAUACAGACUCCUACCCCCAUGACUACUUCUAAAAGCAGACGUGGUCAUAAAGGUUGUUUGUUCUUUUAGAUGUUUAGUAGAUAACUCUCUAAUUUGCCAUCCGUCAGAUUGUCAUAAUGAUACUGAUUGUCAAAUAAGGGAUAUUUUUGCUCUUCUUUGAUCUUUCAGUUAUUUAGUAGAAAGCUGCCUAAUUUGAUAGUCUUUAUUAUUGCAACCCCAUGUAAGGAUAGCAAACUAGGGGUUUAUCUGCUAAACUGUUGAAAGACCAAAAUUAAGAAAGCCCUUUUCUUAAUUUUGCUCUUUCAGUUGUUUAGUAGAUCAUUUUAACAGCUUUAUUUGCUAUCCUUAUUAAAACAAAUAGAUCUCAAAUAUUAUUUUUUAUUCAUUUCCGUUCCGUUUUAUUUCAUUUCAGUUUCUGACUUGACAAAUUAGGCUGAUCAGGCAAUCCAGAUUAGGGAUACAGUUUAGAACACAAAAUAUGUUGCCAAAAAUGUUUGGUCCCAAUCAUACCCCAACAAUGUAUGUUAAAUGUUACCAAAAUCCCCAUAUGGAACAGAGGGGGAAACUGUGGAUUGAUAUAAUUGGAAACUGUGAAUUGAUAUCAUAGGAUUUAGAACACAAAAGUAAAGGUAUAGAUGAAAUUUCACAUAUAUUUUCAAAGAUCCUAGACCAUAUCUAGAUAUUGAUGACCCUUUUGAUUUAAAUGAACAGAAGUUCUCAAAAAGGGCUGGUUGAGUGAAAGAACGGGCUCAACGUGUACCUUUCAACAACUUGUCCAAAUAUCGUCCUUAAAAAAUACUUGGAAAAACCAUUCAGAUGUACCAAAAAAGAAAUGUAGAAGUAGGCCAGUUGGUGUACUGCAAAAUAUAUACAUAUUUGAUCAAGUGAGAAAAAGUAAUCAGUAGAGGGUAAAAAGUGGGAUUCAGAGUACCCUUGGCCCCCCAAAAAAGAGACGAUUGAUGGGAAUAGAUAUGAUUGCUAGCUAGGAGACAGCCACUGCAUGUUGUCUUUUAUUCCAAUUAAAAAAACAAAAAUAUAUAUUAUAUACACUGAACAAAAUUAUAAACGCAACACUUUUGUUUUUUUGCCCUCAUUUUUCAUGAGCUGAUCUCAAAGAUCUAAGACUUUUUCUAUGUACACAAAAGGCCUAUUUCUCUCAAAUAUUGUUCACAAAUCUGUCUAAAUCUGUGUUAGUGAUUAUUUCUCCUUUGCCAAGAUAAUCCAUCCACCUCACAGGUGUGGCAUAUCAAGAUGCUGAUAAGACAGCAUGAUUAUUGCACAGGUGUGCCUUAGGCUGGCCACAAUAAAAGCCACAAUCACUAAUAGCUCAGAAACCGGAAGCCAUAUUGGGCACGUGGAACACAAUGAUAAACAAUAACUUCUGAAUAUUUUUUGAAUAAUUAAACAAAGAUCAGAUAUACUGUCUUGUUUGCUAUUUCAUUCUGUUCCCCUCCUAUGUCCACCCAUACCCCUCGCCCCCAUGGUGUUGGACCAGAACUGAGCUGUCUUGGUUCCAGUCCUGUGAGAGUCAUGGGGUCUGAUGUGGGGAUCAAUGCAUCCCAACCCCAUUGCCCCAUGCCAACCCAAUCUCUUUGAAACUGUAGGCCUACCAGGUGUCGGCCAUGUGGCCCAGGACGCACAGGAUCAAUAGGAGGGGAGGUUGGUAUCAGGUGAGCAAGUGAGAAAGAGAUUUGGAGGGGAAUUAUUUCUUAUUUGGAGGGCCACAGUCGUAACUCUGAACACUGAAUCAAAUGAAAUGUGUUGCCAUUGUGCUAAUCAUUUACUUGGUUAUACAACCAUAUGGCGCUUCGGAGAGACAGAAUUCGGCCAGACAGCAGUUGACUGUCCAAAAUUCGGACCAAUUGCACAUUUUGUCCAAAAUGAAUGCAUAUGUAUAUGACAUACACAUCCAUAAUGACAGCAUAAUAAUCGAAAUGUUAACAUUUUUACCAGUAAAUUCAUAAAAUUUUUAUAUUUGUUAUUAUAUUCCCAUCCCUUAUUAUGUUUCUUGGAAUAGAGUUUUUUCUCUCCUAUCACUGUGUUGUGGAUUGAACAGAUUAUAGUUAUAAUACAACCCCAUUGGAGUGUUAGCUUGCCUGCUAAUGGACGGGCCCAUCCUGACAGCAUACCAAUCUGUCAGAACGAUAUUGACCUUGUGUGAAAGGAACAGAACAGGAUUAAAUACAAAGUCAUCAGGAUUUAAAAGCCAUAAAUUUCCUUCCCUGUAAUUUUAAAAUCUGUAGGAAUGCAGUCUUGUGCUCCUUCAUUUGUAGUAAAAAGUGUUGAAAUUCUGUUUGCUCUGCAGAUAUAAUAAGGGAACUAAGUUCCCACAACUCCUUAAAGCACUAGAGUAAUUAUGCACACAUAAAAACAAAACAAAACACAAAAAAGUACAAAUAAAUGUGUACCCUUCUGCCGAUGUGCCUCCAGUUAUGCAUGACUCGGGUAAUGAUUGCAAUGUAUUCAUUUUAAUAUUAUUAUUUUUUUAUUAUUAUAUUAUUAUUUAUAAAGCGCCAUCAGAUUUUGUAGCACAAAAAAUAUCAGUUUUGUUGUUGAACAAUAAUUCUGGAGUUUACCAGACUUUAAUGCAAAUAAUGCAAAAAAAUGCAAUCUUUCAAAUACAUUACAGUUGUGAUCUAGGUAUUGAGUGGGCAAAGUUGUAACACAAUUUACAAUCAGUUUUAUGUGUUAUUAUAAAGUAUUCUAACAUCUUUCAAGUGCUUUCUUGGGAGUCUUAGCUCUUAAAAAAAUCUCUUCUACAUCAGUCUUUCCAGAUACCCAGAUCCAGGUUCCACUGUUAUAUUAUAUUAUUAUUAUUAUUAUUAUUAUUAUCUUUCACAAUUCAUUUAAUAUGUUCCUCUUUUGGUCUCAUGCAUUACUCGAUCUUGUUCUACACGUGUAUCUCGUUUGGUUAAAUGUGAUCAUUCUAUUAAUGUGCAAAUGCUCAUGCAAUAUUGUUAUACUUUUUCUUAUACACUUUAUAGUGAAUGUUCUAUAAUCACGUGAGAACAUUGAGAAUAAACACAUUUCUAUUUAUGUAACUGUAACUAUUACCUAGCAACAUUUCCAUAUACUGUACUUUAUAAUAAUGUUUUGCACAAAUUUUGUCUGUACAAAAUUAUUUAAAUUCAGGGAUAUUUUUUUAAAACCAAUAUUUUGGGUGGAAAGGUUUAUAAAAAAGAUGUUUCUGUAUAAUUGUUCAUAAAAACAUGACCAUAUAAUGGGACUAGGUUUGAUCCACACAUAUCUGUGACCUACAAGACCUGUGUAGUGCCAGAAGUUGAUGGGAGUUUAAUUGACAUUAAAGGACAAGGCACCAUAGCCAUUUCAUCUCAUUCAGGUGUUUAUCUUGCCUGGAGUUCCCAGAUGCCAUCCCACUGUUCAAUGUAAAACCGUUUUUGAACAGUUUGACACAGGUAAUGGGUCGCCCAGCCACCCUGAGAACGCUCAGCUGAACACUGCUUCCAAUCACUGGUAUGACAAUGGUAUGGCUAAUGUGAAGUGUACCUUGGCAUUAUUUAUAUCCUCCAGCAGGGGGCAGGGCCACGGUUGGCUGGGGCUUCUCAUUCAUUUUUGUGCCUAGAGUGUCCCCUUAAUAGUGUAUGGAAUUUAUUAACCACUGAAUUAAUGGUAUAUAAAGAGUGAUGUAACAUUUUGUUCUGUAUGAUAUUUAUAGAUGUUAUGAAAGGAGAUAUUGGCUUCUGUGGCUGGGUCAUACUGAUACUGUCAGCGUUCUUGACAGCUAUUAUGUUCCCUCUUUCCAUCUGGUUCUGUGUUAAGGUAAGUUCAGCAAAAAGCUAUAAAACAGAAUAAAAAAAAAAAAAACCUCUGAAAACACGUGUGAUUGCUCAUACCCAGCUAAUGUCUGAUUUGUCAUUUUAGGUUGUUAAAGAAUAUGAGCGUGCUGUCGUCUUUCGUUUGGGACGCAUAAUUUCAGGAAAAGCAAGGGGACCAGGUAAUUUUAUGUAUGCACAAUGUGUGUAUGUACAAUCAGCAUCACCUAUUGAAGCACAACUCCACACCCCAAAAGCACGUCAGCUUGCUGAAGUGCUUUACAGGUGAGGAGUAUCCUAUUUUAAGCCCAAUUUAUAAAGGUGCACUUUUAUAAAUAAAUUAUGGAAUAUCUCCCUGGUUAUCAAUCAGUAGCCUCCUUCCAUUACCUCCCCUGUUCUAAUGGAAGUGGUAGGCGCUCUCUACAUGAGCACUCCUGCCUUCUCCCACGCAGGCACACAAGUUGGCGCAUGCACGAGUGCACCAAUUCAGGGGCUACUCCAUGAGACACCCCCUGGCUGUCAGUCAAACUGUUGGUCCUGUUACUUCCCAGUGGAUCUAAACUCGAGGCAGUAAUUGCCCGGAGCACCUGUCUUGCAAAGACUUCUCAUUGAGCAGCAUUGCACAGUCUGUGAUUGUAUAGCCACAGACGGUCUAUGCUGGCUUAGAAGGGGAGGAUUCAGACAAGAGAUCUUCGGUUAUUGCAAACUGUGGUUAAAUCUAUCCCCAAUAAAAAAAAAAAAACUAAAAAAAACAAUUAAAUGCAUGCAUGUUUUCCUUGGGGUAUAUCUACUAAACAGUGAUUUACAUAUAAAAUUAUUUGGACAGUGGAGUGUCUUUUUAAGGAUAUAAUAUCAUAGGAUCAUGCUGAUCUUUUUUGGUGCUCUGAAUUUGAAUGUGAUUUAGCAGAUAUUUGAAAAUAAUAAAUUUAUCAAACUAUUUCACUAUCACACAUUUCCUGGUAUCAUUUUCUCAUUUUUCAAUGUUCGUUCUGUCAGGGUAUGACAGAUUUUGUGAUGCUUUCAACUAUGCCAUCAGGGUAAAUUCAUUAAACUCUGGAUGGAAGAAAACUGAAAUCUGAAAGUGAUUAAACAGCCAUUUGUUUAUUGGCUGAAUAAUUUAUCAAGACCAGCAAUUUUUGCCUACAUUUACCAUUUAAUUUACAGAUUCAGAGUUUAAAUAAUAAAUAACUAACGCCACAUUUAGCUGUGGAUGUCAGACACGUUUGGUCUCCAUUUUUGUUUUUUUAUAGAUUCGCUAUUCAAUAUAGUAAUUGAUUAGUUUUCAAUUAGAGUGAUCACAAAUUGUGUUUAAAUAUAGGCCAGCACAUGCAUUACUUGUAAGUAAAGUUAUACCUGUCUGUAAUACUUUGUUUAAGCAUAAAUAUGAUUACAUAUAUAAUUAUGUAUUUUCUUUUAUUUUUUGACUGCUUUGUCAAUAUAAAAGUUAUACUAUAUUAUUUUAUUUUAUGUAAAGGGCUGUUUGCAGUCCAUAUCCGCUUUCUCAAUAAGUGUCUGUGUACAUCCCCAAUACAUUUAUAUUAAUAAUAAUCUAUAUUUCAACAGGUUUGAUGUUUGUCCUGCCUUGCACAGAUACUUUUAUUAAGGUAGACCUUCGAGUUCUUUCAUUUGCAAUUCCUCCUCAAGAGGUAAGAACAUAUUAUCAUGUUUUGUACUGUUUAUACUGUUACGUACGGGGUCAAUAUCUAAGCUCAGCAGUCACAUGUACAUGUCCAAGACUGCCUCAGGGAAAAUGGAAGGUUGAAGGUUAUUGUUAUAAUUAUCUUCACCUUUUGCUCCCCAUUGGAAAAUAAUGUCAUCUCUGCUACCUGGAGAUAUUUUUGGGUCUAGUGGUUAAAUCUCCAUUCCCAUGUAGUGGUAUUGUUUUUCGUAACAUGCACAAAAUUAUAUAGUAACAUAAUAUCCUGUGAUACCUAUUUUUUGUUGGACUUAUUACUGAUUGGCAACAUAAGAAGUGAAUAACCGUUACCUGUACAUUUUUAUAGAUCUGUUGUAUCUGAUUGCCUGGCUUAGUACACUUUGGGACAUAUUACAAUCGCAUAUUUUAUUUUUGAUCUAUAUUAAUGACUUCUGACAAUUUUGAAAAAUACUUUGACUAAAAUCGGUUCCAUUCUUCUAUUUUAUUCUGCUAAAAGCAACAUUGAGUUCCCUUGUCACACAAUGUUUACUUUGUAUUUUAGAUCCUUACUAAGGAUUCUGUGACUACGACAGUGGAUGGAGUUGUCUACUACAAGAUUGAUAAUGCAAUAAGUUCUGUGGCCAAUGUAAGCAAUGUCCAUUUAGCGACCCAACAACUGGCUCAAACUACUCUAAGAAAUAUUUUGGGAACACAGAGCCUUAGCAGCAUCUUGUCGAACCGUGAGGAGAUCGCCCACAAUAUUCAGGUAAAUGUGAAUUAUUAUAAUAAUAAUUUAUGACAUACCAGUAUAAUCAAAAGGGCAGCACAAUCGGUGGACAAGAAAAUACAAAUAAAUUGAUACGUGGCUGCAAGCCUGCUAUAAAAAACAAACAUAUAUUCUGUUGUAUUAAAUAACUUUACUUCAUAAGGGUUAAGUUCUCCUUUUAGCUCUGGAAGUAUGCGAUCUGCCAUCACUUCCUCUCUGUAAUGCUGUGCAGGUGGAUAAUGGGGGCAAUGUGUGGAGCCCAGUAAGGGGCCUGGACCAUCAUACAUCCACCAAGCAGUUCAGUCCCCAACUGGUCCCUUACCUGCCCCAGAGCCUGACCCUUAAAAGCGUACUUGCUGUAUCAACCAAUGACAGUGUCUCGAAUUCCGCAAUUUCUGCCAUGACCAUGUGCUCAUAAAAUAAUAAAAAUGAAAGUUCAGUGGUGAUGUGCAUGUAAAGAACAACCUUCAACUGCCUAAUGAAUCUUCAAAUAAUAAUGGUUUGUAAAUUAGAGUUUUGCCUUAGUUUCAUUGUCUCAAAGUAAUAGUGGAAAGAUCUCUAGUAUUAAUUGUUUAAAAAAAAUAGACUAAAUUUUUUUAAUUAGUAUUUUUUGCAUCAUUAUUAUUAUUGUUAUUUCUAAAGUGCCAACACAUUUUUAUUCUUAGGGGAUUAAAGUGACAAAUUGAAGUGCCAGGUGCUCUCUUUUUUGGGGUUUUCACUAAAGUUAGCAAUGUCCGAAAUUCCAAGUGAAUUCCAAGUGAAUUUGAAAUUUAAGGCCAAAGUAGACAUUUUGUCUACUUUGACCUUAAUAUUGAAAUUUACUUGGGAUUCACUUACAAUUCCUGACAAUUCUCAUUUUAGUGAAAAACCCUGUUAAUAUAUUUAGGUGUUGCCGAUUUUAUUUAAGUAGAAAGUAGUGCAGAAUUAUGCAAUUACCUAUAUUAACCCCUUAAGGACACAUGACGUGUGAUAUGUCAUGAUUCCCUUUUAUUCCAGAAGUUUGGUCCUCAAGGUGUUAAAGCUUUCAAGACAAUUCUGGUAAUAGUUAUGUAUAAGUUGUGGUCCAGGAACAAAUAGUCCCUAGAACACUAGAGGGAUAACUCAGAGUCUAGAUUUAACUAAAUAUAAAACCAUACUUUAUUAGAAUCCAAAUAGAAGAAAAAUAAUGAUGAUAACGAAAUGGACAGACCCUUUCCUCAUAUAUAAACGGUACUGGGAACUAGACGGAUUAUUGCCUUUGAUAAAGGCGCUUUUGCAGCGCUGAAACACGUUAGGCGUUAUGAUUUUCUUUUUAUUUACCAAGUCACUUUUAUUUGAGUUGAGCACUUUUCUUUCUGUUUGAGGGUUUACUUUAAACUUUAUGCUGGCGAUAUGAUCAUCUAUUAGGGACAGACAGCGAGAUACCCAUGUAGCAUGGCUGAUCAUUGAGUCAGGACGGCAGCACUAUCCACCUAUAGUCAGUUGCUUAUGAGACAGUGGAUGUACUACUCAGUAUAUGACAUUUGUUUGGGUAGGAUUUUGACUGCUUGGCUACACAGCUCCUAGAUAGAGUACUAAUGGGAAGAAUACUUUAGUCCAUAGACUCAGUGAUUGAGCAGCAUAGAGGUUCUACAUCAGUAAUGGCCCGAGUGCCCAAACCGCAAUACAUGCCAACUUUUGUUUCCUCAAAGUGCCAACAAGGCAAUUAAACCUGAAUACUGAGGUUUAAAUUUAGAAAAAAACAACUCGUACAGUUGUCGAACUAAUUAACAACUUUUGUUUUAAAAAACGAACACAACAGAGAGUUCAAUGAUACAAAUUUUAAAUAAUAAUAUAAAUAGAUAAAUUUAAGCUUAUAUUUAUUAGUAUCUCCAACAAAUGCAAUACACACACACACACACACACACACAGACUGCUGAAUACACACACACAGACUGCUGAGUACACAGACUGCUGAAUACACACACACACACAGACUGCUGAACACACACACACAGACUGCUGAGUACACACACAGACUGCUGAAUACACACACACACAGACUGCUGAACACACGCGUGCACACACAGACUGCUGAAUACACACACAUACUGCAUUGAGGGAUGCAGUGUAUGUGUUUGUGUGUGGGGUGCUGUGUGUGUCUGAGGGGUGUUGUGUGUGUGUGAAAGGGGUGUUGUGUGUGAGGGGUUUGUGUGUGAGGAGUGUGUGUGUGUGGGUGUGUGUGUGUGUGUGUUGUGUGUGAGGGGUGCUGUGUGUGUGAGGAGGUAGGAGUGCUGUGUGUGUUGGGGUGGGGUGUUGUGUGCUGUGGGGUAGGGGUGCUGUGUGUGGGAGGUAGGGGUGCUCUGUGCUGGUGGGGUGGGUGCAGUGCUGUGUGUAGGGUGCUCUGUGUGGGUACUGUGUGGGUGCUAGGGGUACACUGUGUGUGGGGGUAGGGGUUCUGUGUGUGUAGGGGUACUGUGUGUGAGUGUGUGUGUGGGGUGCUGUGUGUGUGUGUGUGAGGGUGUUGUGUGUGUGUGUGUGUGUGUGUGGGGGGGUGGGGGUGCUAUGUGUUGGGGUACUGUGUGUGUGUGUGUGUGGAGAUGUGUGUGUGUGUGGGGAGGUAGGGAUGCUGUGCUGUGUGGGGGUAGCAUGCUGGGCUGGGGUAAGGGUGCUGUGCUGUGGGGGUAGGGGUGCUGUGUGUGGGAGAGGGGUGCUCUGAGUGGGUGCUAGGGGUACUGUGUGUGUGGGGGUUAGGGGUUCUGUGUGGGUAGGGGUUCUGUGUGGGUGGUAGGGGUACUGUGUGGGUGGUAGGGGUACUGUGUGGGUGGUAGGGGUGCUCUGUGUGGGUGGGGGUGCUGUGUGGGGAGUAGGGGUGCUGUGGGGGGUAGGGGUAUUGUGUGUGUGUGGGGGGUGCUCUGUGUGUGGGGGUAGGGGUGCUCUGUGUGGGUAGGGUGCUGUGUGUGGGGGAGGUGCUGUGGGGGGUAAGAGGGUGGUUAAAAAGGAAUGCUAAAUCUGUAUCUCCCUCUCUUAGCUUUAAUGAAGGCACAGCCAUCCCUAGUGGUCCGGUGGUGGUAAGUACUGCUUCCGGGUUGGGAGGCAGGGGGAGGGAUCUGUGAAGCAGCUCUCCUGUCCUCCCGUGCGAUGCUUUGUGGAGCGUUGCCAUGGUAGCACGCGGCAACGCUCCAUACAGAUUGCUCGUGGGAGGACAGGGGAGAUGCUUCACAGAUCCCUCCCCCUGCCUUCCGACCCAUGCAAUAGGUUCGCCAUCACUGUUCUACAUUAUAGCCUCCUGUCUUGCAUAAAUUUGUCUGCUCCUACUAUUAGAGUGGGUUACUUUGUAACUACGGCUCAUUUCCACAUUAUAGUAUCUAGUUAACAUUCUGAUACAUAUUUGUUAUUUGUAACUUAAUCGUAUUUGGUGGAUAUUUCAAAUCCACCUCUAUUUUGUUGCCUACUCUUUCUAUCAUUUCCUCUCCAGCCUAUAUUAUUAUUAGAAUAUUUGAAGCUUAUCUAGCUCCCCUCUAGGAGGUUAUUUUUCUGUUUUAUUUAAAUUUAAAUGAUUUGUGUUUUUUCUAUUUUCGUUAUCAUCAUUAUUUUUCUUCUAUUUGGAUUCUAAUAAAGUAUGGUUUUAUAUUUAGUUAAAUCUAGACUCUGAGUUAUCCCUCUAGUGUUCUAGGGACUAUUUCUAAAAUUAUUAUUAUUAUUUGUAAAGCGCCAAUAAGUUCCCUAGCGCUGUACAAUGGGUGGACUAACAGACACAUAUUUGUAACCAGACAAGUUUGACGCACAAGAACAGAGGGAUUGAGGGCCCUGCUCAAUAAGCUUACAUGCUAGAGGGAAUGGGUAAUGUGACACAAAAGGUAAGGGAAGGGUAGAAAAGAAAGUUGUAAGGAUAGUAUUCAUUGAGGGCUUAGUGUUUUGUUUUGAUUAGUUUCAGGAGAGGAGUCAGGGUGUGGGGAGGGAAAGCUUUUCACAGUUUAAUAUGCUUUCCUAAAGAAGUAAGUUUUCAAAGAUUUUUUUUGAAGGAGUGGAGAUUGGGUGAGAGUCUAACAAAGAGGGGAAGGGCAUUCCAUAGGAAUGGUACAGCCCUAGAGAAGUCUUUAAGGUAAGCAUCAGAGGUAGGAGUACGAACAGAGGUUAGACGUAGUUCUCCAGCAGAGUAUAGGAGCCUAGAUGGGACAUAUUUGUGUAUUAGUGAGGAUAAGUAGGUGACAGCAGCAUUGUGUAAAGAUUUGUAAGCAAGUGUCAGGAUCUUAAAUUGAGCCCUGUAUCUAACGGGAAGCCAAUGGAGGGACUGACAAAGGGGAAAAGCAUGGUAGGUGCAGGCGGACAGGAAGAUGAGCCUCGCUGCCGCAUUCAUUUUAGACUGUAACAGGGCAAGUUGGGAACACGUAAAACCACUGAGAAGCAGAUUACAGUAGUCAAGGCGAGAGAGGAUUGCAGCAAGGACAAGCACCUUUGCCAUAUCAGGUGUUACAUCGGGUCGGAUGCGUGCAAUGUUUUUGAGAUGGAAGUGGCAAAGAGAACACCUAGGCAGUGAGCCUUAGAGGUAGAGCAGAUUAUAGCGUCAUUGACUUGGAGGGACACAAACAAGGGAGUAGCAACACUUGAGAGAGGGAAGACCAGAAGUACUGUUUUGGACAGGUUCAGUUUAAGGAGAUGAGCAGCCAUCCAGUUGGAAAUAGCAGAGGGGCAGUCAGAGACACGAGUCAAGAGGGGUGGUGAGAAAUCAGGGGAGGACAGAUAAAUUUGUGUGUCAUCUGCAUAGAAAUGAUACUGGAAGCAGAAGGAGUUGGAGUUUACCAAGGAGGCAGUGUAGAUUGAGAACAAUAGGGGACCAAGGACAGAACCUUGGGGAACACCAACAGAGAGGGAUUGGGGAGAAGAGUCAGAGUCAGAGAAAGAAGUACUGAAUGAGCUCUGGGAGAGGUAGGAAGAGCACCAGGAGAGAGCGAUAUCUCGUAGACCGAGAUUACGGAGGAUGAGAAGUAGCUGUUAAAGAUCAACAGUGUCAAAAGCAGCAGAAAGGUCGAGGAGAAUUAAGAUAGAGUAGUGGCCAUGAGAUUUUUCAGUGAUAAGAUCAUUGUAUGCUUUGGUCACAGCUGUUUCAACAGAGUGAUGAACGCGGAAUCCAGAUUGAAGCGGGUCAAGCAUAGAGUUGGAUUUGAGGAAAUCUGUCAAUCUCGCAUGCACAACUCACUCAAGGAUCUUUGAGACAAAUGGCAGUAGCGAGAUAGGGAAGUAGUUGGAUGGGGAAUUAGAGUCAAGGUUGGGCUUUUUCAGAAUUGGGGUUAUGGUUGCGUUUUUGAAGGGUAGAGGCAAUGUGCCAGAGGAGAGGGAGAGAUUGAAAAUGUUAGUGAGAGGCAAAGCAAGAGAAAGAGACAAAGUGCGGAUGAGAUACAAGGGAAUAGAAUCAAGGGAACAGGUGGUGGGGCAGGAGGAACGGAGCAGAGCAGAAACCUCUUCUGCUGUAGCGGGUGCAAAUGUGCGUAGGACAGCUGAGGGAGUGUGGUUAGGGGAAAAGUUUGUAGUGGAUGGAGAGAGAUGAGAGUUCACUUCCCUGAUUGUAGAAAUCUUCUCAGUGAAGUGAGUUGCAAAGUUUGUGGGGGUCAAGUUGGUAGGAGUAGGAGGCACGACAGGGCAAAGAAGAGAAUUAACAGCAUGAAACAGUUGUUUGGGCUCGCCGGAGAGUGUGGUUAUGAGUGUAUUGAAGUACUUUUCUUUUGAAGAGGAAUGAGCCAGACUGUAGGAGCACAGCAUAAAUUUAUAGUGGAGGAAGUCAGAAAUAGAGUAAGACUUUCUCCAGCAGUAUUCAGCAGUUCUGGAACAUUUUUGGAGGUAUCGGGUCAGCUUGGUAUGCCAGGGUUGUAACUAGGAGCACUUGCUGCAUUUAAAUGUAGGAGGUGCCAUGAUGUCUAGUUGAGAGGAGAGAGUGAAGUAGUAGAGGCAGGUUGCAGUGUUAGGGCAGGUGAGAUUUGAGAUUGUUAAAAGGAGACUUUGGAGGUUUAUGGAGAAUUGCUGUAGGUCAAGACAGUGGAGGUUUCUGCAAGAUUGAUAUGGUGAGGUACUUUGGGUACAGGGUAUGCGGAUGUCAGUGGACAGCAGAUGGUGGUCAGAGGAAAUUGAACAUUGGAGAGAUUAGAGGUGGUACAGAAAUUGGUGAAGAUGAGGACAAGAGUGUUUCCUGCUCUAUGAGUUGAUGAAUUAGACCACUGUGUGAGUCCAACGGAGGAGGUUAUAGAGAGCAGACGAGAGGCAUCAGGGCAGUUACAGUUGUUGAUUGGGAUAGUAAAGCCCCCAGGAAUGAGGGAAGGAGUGCAAGAGGAGAGGAAAUUGGGUAGCCAGGAAGAAAAGUGUUCAAUAAAGAGCCUAGGAUGACUGGGGGGAAGGGGGGGAAUGUGUCACUUGGUCUUGUCUGGCUCAGUAGAACUUACAUAGUCUGCAUAAACUGGAACACUGAGUUACUAUAUUUUUGGAUCGGUUUAAUUUCUCUAUUUUUUCCAGGCAAUACUUGACACAGCGACUCAUGAGUGGGGUGUAAAUGUGGAGCGUGUAGAGAUGAGAGACGUGCGUCUCCCUGUACAGAUGCAAAGAGCCAUGGCUGCGGAAGCAGAAGCUGUAAGAGAAGCUCGUGCGAAGGUAAAACAUCACUUUUUUUUUUCAUUAUACUUGAGGUUUGCAUAGCAAUAGAAUGCUGAAUUCUUUCCUUAAAACACAAAAUAGAAUGAUGGUGAUUUAUAGAGAAAGAGAAAAAAAAAACUAGUGUGAGUGUUUGUUAAACAAAAAUAAAAACAAUUUGUAAGAUUAAAGUGGUUUUGGUGCAUAGGUGGUGUUCCCAUUUUGGACAAUGCCAAACCUUUCCAUUUCAGGGAAACAGCAAUAUUUACAUUUGUCCAAUACUAGCCCUCUAGUGGUAUUGAGGAUCUUCCUAAUGAAGACCUUCACAUUCACAGUUUUAUUCACUAAAGUGUGAAUUUUAAGGUCAUAACAGCUGAAAUGAAACCAUAGCUGACUUAGGGAAUUUCUCCAGUUUGGCUAUGGUGUUAAUCUUUCGCAAGUCCUGACUGACAAUCAAACAUCAAAAUUAGAUACUCUUCAUCCAGAAAGCACUUAAGCUUGCUUAAUUUCUGGAGUGCUUGCUUUAUUUUUGCUUGACGGCCAGGAGGUGUUCUGUGAUUUUAUUAUAAAAAUGCAGAUUUCUCAUUAAAAUCGAAACUUUUAUAGACUGGAAGUAAAACAAGAUACUCCACUCAUAAAGCACAUCAGCAAGCUGAAAUGCUUUAUGGGUAUGAAGUGAUUUUUUAUUGAACUCUAGUCUCAUGUCUUUAUUGCACGACUAUCUUGGGCAUUACAUAAAUUCAAGGGUUCUUCUGAUAGGGCCUGCGAGAAGAAAAUAAUGACCACAAAAAAUAGUGUAAUUAAUGAACAGGAUUUGGCUUUAUUAAAUGUUUCCUAACAUUUAAUACCCAUGCAAUCAGCAUUUCUAACACUGUAUACUGAGUAGUGGGGUCUCACCUGGCGUAUCGUGGUCUGAUUAACCUACUGAAAUCCUUUUUCUGGAUGGCAUUAAUUACCAGCUGCCUUCACCUACAUCCAGUUUCAAAUGGAUAUCUGCUAAUAAAGCAUUGUAGAUGGUAUAAACAUUUUUAAAGCACAUGCUUCGGAUGUGCAUAAGGCUAUUUUGAAUAAAUAAAUGAUCUGCAAUCACAAUCUAGAUUUCUGUAGAAUCUGUAAAAGUAGAAAUAAUAUCCGUUGGAUAACUUUUUUGUAUUGCUAUAGGUCGUAGCGGCAGAAGGUGAGAUGAAUGCAUCCCGAGCUUUGAAAGAGGCCUCCAUGGUGAUGAUGGAAUCUCCAGCGGCACUGCAACUGCGUUACCUGCAGACACUAAAUACAAUCGCAGCUGAGAACAACUCUACAAUUGUAUUCCCUCUGCCAGUUGACCUGUUUCAAGGUCUGCUUAACAAAAAGUGAGCAGAUUUAAAGAAUCGGCUCUAAAAUUAUAAGAAAUGCAAUAGACAAAUCCUUAACCUUAGUUACGACAAAACUAUAUUUUAGCAUCAUCAAUGGAUUCUGGAUGAUACUGUUUUCAUUAAUGGCUGACUCACUUAACUCUGAAAUUUAAAAAGGUAAAUCAAAUUAAAGCCAAAAUCAGAGCAAUCCCAGUUUCCAUUUGCAAUAUAUUUGUUCAUAUAUAUAAUGUGAAGAUUUUCCAUAACAUUUCCUCACAAUCAACAUUUGGGUAUUUGGGGAGGUUGAUCAGGCAAGAGGUUGGUUAUCUGUUUAACAUAACAAAUAUUAACAUUCUCCUAAGAUCUGGUGAUUUUAUAGAAUUUAUGAUACUUAAGGACGAGAGGUGAGUCUGGGGAGUCAUUUUCCCCAGGUGUCCUUUCAUAGUUUUAUAGUAUUAUUGUUGUAUAGGACUGUAUAUAAAAUAGUGUUUUAAAAUGUGUUUUCAUUAAGUCAAAUCAUUUGUCAGCUCCUCUACAGCUGGCCUGGUGUCUUGAUUGAGUUGUUCUCUGAAUCAGGGUCAAACUCAAUCUCAGGGUUAAACUCAAUCUCAGAGACUAACAUUUAAUGGCCAAUUGGUUAUGAGAGUUCUAUAAUGGAUUAUGUUAAAACAGUAAGAGUUUUGCUAAAUAGAGUCACAAGGUGUGGAUUUGUCAACCAACCCCAAAGCUUAAUAAGAACAUCAGGAGUAUCUUAAAUGAUUGUCCAUCACUCACGCACAGCUUUCUUUUUUCACCAUGGGGGUGUGACCUGCUCUUCAAAUGAAGGAACUUCAUCAAUAUUAAGACCUGCUAUGGGAUCCAAACAUUGGCCACUAAAACUGUCCCUAAACUGUGCCCCCCUCCAAAUAAAAUUUCAAAUAUUAUUUCCCCUGUGUUAGGUGUUUUUCUAAGUGGGUUGAAAUUGAGGAAACUCUAUAAUUUAAAGCCAUGGAGCAUGUGUCCCUUUGCGCUUUAAUGGAGUUGUCAUUGAUUUCAGGUAUUUCAGGUCCUGCAAAAUGCACUUUAUUGACUGUCCAGUCUACAUAAAUAUAACCAUAUUCCUUAGCCUUUUCAGUCUAGCAGCUCUCACACAAAUGUGUAUUUUUUUACUAUACCAAACCAAGUUAAUGGCAAAGAACAGAAGCACAGUAGAAAUAAGCAAGUGAAUGCAUUGAACAUUAAAAUUGCUUAUUUUUUGGAAUUUCCACCAGUCUCUGACUAGCACUGGAAGCAACAUCAUGAGCCACUGACUACAUGUCCCCAUCUAACCCAAUAUAGUUAUUUAUUACCCAAUCUUUGAGUAACAUAAGACAGUAAAAGUUUUAAUUUUUUUUUUCUACCAGUUAAUAGUUUAUUUUUAAUAUUCCAGAAAUAUUGUUCUGUUCUAUAAAUGUUGUUUCAUGCAAGCAAACAAUGAGUGUGUGUAGGCUGCUUAUACGAAGCUACAAAUUACAAAAAAAAAAACAAUAAAAUAACGUGAAAUAAUAUAAAGGAAAGUACUUUAAGACCCAUUUGUAUUGCUUCAAUUGAGAAGUUUGACUUUUUAUCCAAUAAAAAUGUGAUUUUCUUUUUUGGUAUAAAAUCAGUGUCUCUUUAAUAUUUUUUGCAUAUGCUUAGUCACAGCAUUUUUGGUAAAUAAGUAAUUUUGUUAUUUAUUUUUAAUAUAAAUUUAUGGUUAUAUAUAACUCCUGAUCAAAUGUUUAAACACUGUUUCCACUGACAGUUUGUAUGUUUGAACUUCUUUAACAGGUGAAAUUACUAAAAAUAGAAAUGGUUGGGUUUUAUUUCAUUAUGCAUCAAAUUAAAGUCUUAGACUGUAAAAUCUCAUUGUAUAUUGACAUGUGCAGGGUUAUUAUUGUAAGUACUGUAUGUGGAUCUCUGUACCUGUUUAAGUGUGUCUGCUUGAGUGUGUACCUAUGUAUGUGUGCCAGAAUUUGUCUGUGUCUGUAUAGCUGUUUGUAAAUGGCUUGUUAUGUAUGUGUUAUUAACCAUGUAUGUGUUUUUGUGAAUGGGAGGGUAUGGCACAAAAUUAUUUUGCCUGAGCCCUGCAAAUUGUAAAAGCAGACCUGCGUGUGGUUUUUCUGAAUGGACCAUUCUUUCAGUGUUUAAUCUCUUAAAAACCUUCUUCAAAAACAACCCAAAAUGUCCCGAUAUUGGAACUGUAGUUCUUUAACCUAUCCACAUUAAUAAAUUGCAUAGUGUUUACUAUAAUAUAUAACAUUUCAAAGUGUUCACGUUUUAGAGUCAAACAAAUACACAUAGUUCUCUAGAAAAUACAAAGAAAAGAAAAAUCCUGAAACAAAAAGCAAAAGUUUAUUGCAGACCCCAUUGUGACUAUAGGUCCAUGUUUUGUCAUUUUAUUUCAGAUUUGAACACUGAACAUUUUUUGCUUAUUACUUUAAUUCAGGUUUCUGUUUUCGUCAAGCACUUUAACAUGCAAUGUAUUGAAUUAUAAAACUGAAUAUUGUCAUACAAAUAAAAUGAACAAUACAUCAUAUAUCAAAACUGUAAAAAAAAUAUUGAUACAUUUGUUUCUGAUCAGGCACAUUUUUAAAGGCACUUACUGUAAAUGCAUAAAGUAAGCAUAUAAAACAUUUAUUAUGGGGAUCCGCAUCCUAAGAUAUUCUGUUUUUUCUUUGGUGUAUUCAAAUAUAUACUUUUACGCUAAAAGACAAUUAUCAUCUCAAAACUAUGUUUUAAUAUAAUAAUUAUUUUAUCACGUUAUGAAAGUAAAUAGAUGUUGUUUUUCCAUGAAGUAUAUGCAAUGAAAACUGAGAAACCCAUCCCUAGCUUUAGUAUAUAUCAGGAUCCUUCGGUCAUAUACAUACACCUUGGGUUGGACAGUGUUUGAAACUCAACAGUCAAUGGUUUUCUUUGCUUCUGUGCAGAGAGUGAAACAGGGAUAACUAUAGAUGUUAUUUAUAUGAGUGAAGAAUUCUGUCAUAUACUAAAGGUAUAGAUGUGUUAUUCUGAAUGUUUACAUAUGCUUAAUUUAAAAAAAUCUAUUUCUUUCAAAACUUCAUGAAAGUAUUAUUAUAAUAGUUUUAAUAAAUAUAAAAUCACUUAAAAAAAAAAGUGGUGUGGAGUUAACUUUUUAAACCUGGGAUGCUUAUAGGAACAAAACCCAGUCUAGAGUUCACUGACCUGUUUAUCUUAAUUCUGUCACAUAGACAUAAAACAUAGGUGAACGCUAUAGAAAGUGGUCAAACAUCUGCAAUGGCUGCUAGACAUUUGUUCCUGUGGGCAUCCUAGGCACAGAAGUUGGCAGCCUUUUCUGCUUUAUGGUGUUCAGGAGAAUGCUUUUGUCUACAGCCCCAUAUUCUAUCAUGUAACAGUGGUGAGGACCGUGUUCUGCCAUUUCCUAUAAAAUCUAUGUUUUAAAUUGCUACUGUACCUUUAAUUUACCAAAAUAACACGGAAUGGUCAAACUAAAAUUCUGUACAAUUAUAUAUGGGCGUCUCUUUUUAUAGAUCCUAAUUCCCUUCCCUAUCAAUCCGCAUUCUGUGACAACUGAUAUCAUUGGCAGCGUCUUACCCAAUAGAUAUACAGUUCUAUGUAAAUUAAAUGUGUAUGCAUAAGAACAUAGUGAAGGCAUUUCAUAAGGUCUUAGCAGAAGCCAAUUUUGUAUUCUAGCUUAUUCCUGAGAAUACGACAGUAACCCUACUCAUGGCAGGAAAGACUGACAACAAUUCCAAGAUGAAAGUCAACCGUUCAUGGUAGAUUGCUCUCCUCUUUAAAUACUAAACGGAAUUACAGUUUUGAAGUGUUACAUUCCUUAUACAGAAUAACACUUUUCAAUCCAUAUCCUAUUAAUAUUGCACUUUGUGAAUAAAAUUCACGGAGCACAAGUAGUUAAAUAAUAUCUCAUCACUCGAUGACAGCAGCACCCAUUUGACUACUUAUAUAGUUGUUGUAUCCUCUAUUACUGCUAAUGUGUUAAUAAUGCAGUAUCACCGUAUUAAAAAUACUGCAUACCUACUUACAGAGUUAUUAACUAAAGUGAAAAUUCAAAGUAAAUAUCAAAUGUAAGGCCAGAGUAGCCAAACUGAGAGGGUAACUGAUAUAUGAUUAUUUGCCAAUACGUGUACAUUAAUCUGCCUUAGAAAUUCAUUUAAAGUUUUAGUAUCACACAUGAGUUCUUCAUACAUGAUAGAAACUUUGUGGAAUAGAUCAUUUUGUGGCUAAUUGUGGCCUUGAAUAAACAAUAAAAGAAAUUUGGUUUUAUGGACAUUAACUGAACAUCCCAUGGUCCUAAAACUUAAAACUAAAAUAAAAUAGCAAUGAUUAUAUUCUAGAAAACAGAAUAAUGGCGACGCAAAUAAAAGCAUCACCCAGUGUGUGUUUUCUAAUACAUAUGUCAAGGUAGAUCUUUCAGGUACCCGCAUACAGCUGGACACGUGUUACAAAUGUCUUGCUCACUGAAGAGCUAAAGAGUAAUACUGGCAUUUCAUCAAACAUUAUACUUUAUAAAGUUUAUACAAGAAAAUAUCACCCAAUGUCUGUUAACAUAAUAUAUAUAUAUAUGGUUUUAAGGCUUGUUAGAUAAAGAGGCAAGGCCUGAUCUCUAAAUCAACACAUUUGAAAACUGAAGAUAGGACUUGUGGUGAACAUAAAGUUUAGACUUGAAGACUUCUGACACAGGAAACCACGUUGGAUCCCAGAUACCGGCCUGUUUCUGAAGACCGUGAAUUCAGUGAGUUGUUACGUAGAUUUAUUUUGUAUGAUGAUAGUUGUUUCUACCAUUAUUUAACCCCUUAAGGACACAACUUCAGAAAUAAAAGGGAAUCAUGACGGAGUAUUUCCGUCAUGUGUCCUUAAGGCGUCAAAUAACCUCUUCAAACAAAACUUACUUAAGGACCAAUGAUGAUCAAUGCCAUCAAAAUGAUCCAAUCUUUAAGUAUCUUAUUCUAAAAUGGAACGUUCCAUUCCUUUAACAGCAGAACAGUAUAAAAUGGCAAACAUGAAAUAAGUACGAUAAUACAAGAUCUUCAGAUUGUAAUGACUGCAAAGAAUGCCUUAAACGUUAUCUUUUUAGUAGACAAGUAAAAAAUCAUGACUGUAAUGUAGAAUAAAAAAAGUAUAAUUUAUGAAAAAAACAACUGUUGGCAAAAAGAACUAUGUAACAUUUAUACCAUGAUCUGAAACUUUGAUUUACAUAUAAGGAAACAUUAAAUUUGGGACGUUACAUGAAACUGAUAACGUAGGCAGUUGGCAAACACAACAUAUAUGAGAAAACUAAAUAAAUUUGAAGUCUAGAUUUAUCAGUGUUUAAUGCUUAAUGCUUUGAAUGACAGAGUAGUAAAUGUACACCCUUCCCUCCUCUCUGGCACACAAUGGGUUAAGAAUAAAACCGUACAUUCUGGAUUCGGUUGUGAAUUGGAAGUCUUCUAUAGUCACACUGUGCUCUACGAACUUUACACGGAAAUCAAACAUUUUAAAUGACGGCUAUAUAUAUUGUGCACAUGAUAAUAAAAUAAAAUUAUAUUAAAUACCAACAUGUCUUUUAAGAGGUUCAGCGAUUUCCAAAAUAAGUUACUUGUUCCCCAAAAAACUAAAUAUAUGUAUUAUGCAAAUUUCUGCUACUGAUGACAAAAUUGCUCAUCUUUUGUUCAUUGAGAAUGUGCCAUGGUAAUCAAUUCUACUUUUAGUUCUUCCGAACCUUGUCCUGUGUCUCAAGUAAUCAUACCUGUUAAAUCUAAACUAAAUACCUGACAUUACAGAAAUGUUAGGUGUUAUGUAUGUGUACAUCAUGUCUAAUUCUAUGUUGCAUAUACAACAAUAUAUUGCGCUAAUAUUCACAAAAUGGUACGUUGAUAAACUAGAUACAAAAUUGUAACCAAAUUACUAGAGUUGGAAAAAUAAAUCUCUAGCUUUACAAUUUCAACCUAAAAUUACCAAUCCACCCGUCAACUUAUGACAACCAACCAAAAGGUAGAUAAAGAAUGAUUUUAGGCAAUCUGCAUUUACCUUUUGAGAACUGUCUUGAGGUAUAUAGCCUUUUCAAACCAAAGCAGUGCACACUCCCUGGUACUCUAAAGACAAAAAAAUUGUUUUGUACCAUUCUAUGUUUAAAUCGACAGUGACCAAAGUAGAUGCUUUGUGCUUUAAAGACUUAUCAGUAUUCAAUGGGACAUUUGAUUGCAGGUUUUGAUUAGAAUCACUACUGAGAAGGUAUUUGACAUUCAAAUUACUUAGAAACAGUUAUGCGAUAGCUAUAAUAAUAUAAUAGCAUUGUCAGUAUUUUCACCCCAAAAAAAGGAGAUCCUGUUUAAUUAGAAGUAUUUCUUUGUCCUAAAAUAUUGGCAUUGGCCAAGGUAUACAUAUCUGGAAUACAGGCAUCAAAGGCCAUAAAACUAUGAAACUUGCCUCCAAAAUGGGACCUGUUUGUAAUAAAAAUCAAAAGUGUCUUUGACAUAAAAAAUGUUUAAACAAAAAUGUUUAAAGUAAUGCUCUGUGUUUGACAGCAGCAGAGGGACUUUGUGCAAAGUAAAUAAAUCAUGCCCCUUAUACAAAUUAGCAACACACUCCCCUUACAAAAUAGAUGGAAGGGUUAGUAAGCUUUGUAAUAAACAAAAAAAUAUUCCUUUAGCCAUGAAAGAGUUACCAGCAUGAAUUACAGUACAUCCAUUUCAUAAGCUCAUUUUCAAUUACAGUUUGUUUUUACAGCAUUGUUUUAUAGUUUAGAUAGCUACAAGUACCACCUAGCAAUAGUAUUUUUUGGAUGAGGAUAUAAAAAAAAGCAAAAAUUUGAUUUACUUAACAUUUUACCAAUACUGAGAAAAAGACAGACAUAUCCGUUGCAUGGUUUCUUGUAGAUAUAUUUCAAAGUUUAAAGUUGAAAGUGAUAGUAAAAAAAAUGCUGAUACAGAAAAACAAAAAAGUUACAGAAAAGAGCUUUUACUUAGACAAUUACAUGUAUGGUGGUAGUACACUAAAUGCUUUGAGUAAUUAGAGGUGUGCAACGGAUUGAGUAUAGACAAAAUAUGAAUCCUUGCAGUCCCUGGACGUAGACUUAUCAAUGAACAAUUAUUGUAAUUUAAUUCAUUUAUCUAUUCACGGGAUAUGUAAAUGUAACCCAGGCAUUGACUAAAUAUGCCUAAUGAUAUCUUUCUCUGUGCAAACACUUUUUAUGUUUGUUAUCGAUUUUACUAAAAAAAAACAUACAAAAACAUACCUAUGAUUCUUCAUUCCAACAUCAAGUUCCUUAGCAGAAAAUAAUUACUUUUCGAAAUGUAUAGUUUCAUCAUUGAACCUCCAAAGUUAACACGAUAUUGCUAAACAUAAAUCCUCUCUCUCUCUCUCUCUGUGAGUUUGAGAGAUGAGUUAGACAGCACCAUUGCAUUUUUUUAAAUUUAAAUAAUACAAAAAGAAAAAGAUAGAAAUACAAGAGCACAUUUCACGUAUAAAGUUUCUAUUCAGCUCCUCUCCAUGUGCAGUGCAUGAUAUAAGGUUGUCACGAUUGCUUUAAUACAAACUUGGUUAUUUGGAGUGAGAGCCCCAAUUGUACGUCUCAUGGUUGGAACUCUUCACAUAUGUACAAGGUGUUCAACACAAGAUUAACAAAGAGGCAAUGUGUGUAAAGAAAACAAUGUUAUUUUUUUCUGAAUAGAAUGGGGUUUGCUGCAAGAUAUUUGCACUUUGUCUCUUGAGGCCCUCAUGUUUGACUUGAUCAUAAGUCCAUGAUCAUCAAACCUCUGAGCUGUCUGUACUAUAUCCCCGAGGAGACAUCAUGGGCUCACUGCUCCCUGACUCUCUUCCUUCUUCAUUCUUUUUGGACUUCUUAUGCUUCACAAGUAAAACAGCAAUUGUAAUCAAAGAGAUUGCUAGAAGAAGUAUUGCUGCAAUGACCACCAUAAUGGUGACAAUGCUGACCUUAUCUUCUUUGUUAUUAACCUCUCUUGGGAUUGUUCCAUCAAUGUUCACCUCUUUUUGAAGGUUUUGCUUUUUGUUGUUGUAUUCCAAUGCAAUAUGUUGAAUGUUGGUUCCUCGAUUAUUUUCAACACCAAUUUCUUCAGCGACUUGAGGAGCUUCGUUGAUAUCUCUCCUCCUGCGCUUAUUCGUUGAAAGUUCUGAAGAAGCAGCAACACUUAUUGAAUGGUAUUGAGUGUCUAGACUUCUUUUUCCAAUGCCUCUGUUGGCAUUUUCCUUUGAUCUUACUGUAUAGAUUGCAUGAAUAUACCAUUCUCGACCUAAGGACACC